CACUCAUAAUAAUUUUAUGUAAUUAUUAUAGUAUUAUUUAUUUAUAUUUAUAUAUAUGCUCUCCCCACUCCCCCACCAUUUUGCAAUCGUCAACUUCAUUAGCUAACAAAAAAGCAUAACAGAAACAGAGUCCAGAAACACAUUGAAACAUUAUUCGACCUUGCAAGAGUUCGUCAAUGGCGGUCAAAGUUUAUGUUGUGUACUACUCCAUGUAUGGACAUGUUGAGAAGCUAGCACAAGAAAUCAAGAAAGGCGCUGCUUCGGUAGAAGGCGUUGAGGUCAAAAUAUGGCAGGUGCCUGAGACACUGCCAGAAGAAGUGCUUGGUAAGAUGGGUGCACCACCAAAGACCGAUGCACCAAUCAUCACCGCCGAUGAGCUGGCCACGGCUGAUGGUUUUGUCUUUGGCUUCCCUACUAGAUUCGGGAUGAUGCCUGCUCAAUUUAAGGCUUUCCUAGAUUCCACUGGUGGUCUAUGGAGGACACAACAGCUUGCAGGCAAGCCUGCCGGAAUCUUCUAUAGCACCGGUUCCCAGGGAGGUGGACAAGAGACAACAGCGCUUACUGCUAUCACUCAGCUUGUGCAUCACGGAAUGAUAUUCGUUCCGAUCGGAUACACAUUUGGUGCCGGCAUGUUUGAGAUGGAGAACGUGAAAGGUGGAAGUCCAUACGGGGCCGGAACUUAUGCCGGUGACGGCUCAAGGCAGCCAUCUCAGCUUGAGUUGGACCAAGCAUUCCACCAAGGAAAGUACCUUGCAUCCAUCACAAAGAAGCUCAAAAACGAACAAGCUGCAUAAAAUAUGUUGGCCUAAUACUUAUAAACAAUAUUAAUAAUAAUUAUUGAACUACACUUAAAUUAUUGCUUGAAAAAUCCAUUACCCCAUUUUUCACCCUUGAGAUAUAUUCACUUCUUGCAGGUAAUAUAUAAUUUUUCUUUUUCUUUUUUUUUUCACACCCGAAAGAAAGUGAUUUGUAUGUGUGUUCACAGUGUGCAUGCAAUUGUUGUUGCUACUUAUUGAUGGUGAUGAAAAGGUUUGUUUGUUGUGUUAUUUUUUUUUCA